GAUUGAAUGCUCAGGAUUUUCUUGAAACCUCUGAAUUCUAUGAUAAAUAAUUGACCACUGUGACAAUAGAAUAUAGGUCAUUAAAGUGCAUUCCAUUGCAAUAAGUUGGCAGGAGUUCAGACAGUUCUCUGAGAAUCUGUUUAACCGUGUAGAUUAAAUGGAAAUACAUUUUCUAUAAUGAAACUUGUCAAAAUGAGAAGGGAUCAACUAUUGACAAUCAUGGGAUAACUACCUAGGCACUCAGCAUCUCGAUGAAAACUGUUGGAAAAGAAAAACUUUCAGAGUCAUUCUGCUCUCAUAGUACCCAAGCCAACUAAACUGUGAGAACUGAAUGCCUUGCCUUGGUACAUCCCAUUUCUAAUGGAGGACAAGAAGUUAUUUUCUUCAAUGGCUGACUUCCAGAAUUUCUGGCUGAAUGUUCUUUGUCAAGUGUAUAUUCCCUUCUCUAGGCCUUUCUAUAUAGAGCCCACAAACAUCAUCAAUGUGAAUGAUGUCAUUCAGAGGGUUAGCGACCAUGCCUCUGCCAUGAACAAGAGGAUUCAUUACUACAGCCGGCUCACCGCUCCUGCAGACAAGGCACUGAUUGCCCCAGAUCAUGUAGUUCCAGCUCCAGAAGAGUGCUAUGUAUAUAGUCCAUUGGGUUCCGCUUAUAAACUGCAAAGUUACACUGAAGGAUAUGGCAAAAACACCAGUUUAGUAACCAUUUUUAUGAUUUGGAAUACCAUGAUGGGAACAUCUAUAUUAAGUAUUCCUUGGGGCAUAAAACAGGCUGGAUUUACUACUGGAAUGUGUGUCAUCAUGCUGAUGGGCAUUUUAACACUUUAUUGCUGCUACAGAGUAGUGAAAUCACGAGCUAUGAUAUCAUCAGUGGAUACCACUACCUGGGAAUAUCCAGAUGUCUGCAGAUACUACUUUGGGUCCUUUGGACAGUGGUCGAGUCUCCUUUUCUCCUUGGUAUCUCUCAUUGGAGCAAUGAUAGUUUAUUGGGUGCUUAUGUCUAAUUUUCUUUUUAAUACUGGAAGGUUUAUUUUUAAUUUUAUUCAUCACAUUAAUGACACGGAUGCUGUACUGAGUACCAAUGAUAGCAACCCUGUGAUUUGUCCAAGUGCUGGGAGCAAUGACCAUCCUGACAAUGGCUCUAUGAUUUUCUAUGCCAAUGACACGGGACUCCAGCAGUUUGAAAAGUGGUGGAAUAAGUCCAAGACAGUGCCCUUUUACCUCAUAGGGCUCCUCCUUCCACUGCUCAAUUUCAAAUCUCCUUCAUUUUUUUCAAAAUUUAAUAUCCUAGGCACAGUGUCCGUUCUCUAUUUGAUUUUCCUUGUCACCUUUAAGGCCAUACACUUGGGAUUUCAUUUGGAAUUUCACUGGCUUAUGCAAACAGAGUAUUUUGUACCAGAGAUAAGAUUUCAGUUUCCACAGCUGACUGGAGUGCUUACCCUUGCUUUCUUUAUUCAUAAUUGUAUUAUUACACUCUUGAAGAACAACAAGAACCAAGAAAACAACGUGAGGGACUUGUCCAUUGCUUAUAUGCUGGUGACAUUAACUUACCUCUAUAUUGGAGUCCUGGUUUUUGCUUCAUUUCCUUCACCACCAUUAACCAAGGAUUGCAUAGAGCAGAAUUUUUUGGACAACUUCCCUAGCAGUGACAUCCUGUCCUUCAUUGCAAGGAUAUUCCUGCUGUUCCAGAUGAUGACUGUAUACCCACUCCUAGGCUAUCUGGCUCGUGUUCAACUAUUGGGCCAUGUCUUCGGUGACAUUUAUCCUAGCAUUUUCCAUGUGCUGAUUCUUAAUCUAAUUAUUGUGGGAACUGGAGUGAUCAUGGCCUGUUUCUACCCAAACAUAGGAGGAAUCAUAAGGUAUUCAGGAGCAGCAUGCGGCCUGGCCUUUGUAUUCAUAUAUCCAUCUCUCAUCUAUAUAAUUUCCCUCCGCCGAGAAGACCGUCUGACGUGGCCAAAGUUAAUCUUUCACAUUUUUAUCAUCAUUUUGGGCCUGGCUAACCUGAUUGUUCAGUUUUUUAUGUGAAAUACUCGAUGUCUUCUCAAGAUCUUUCAUGGCAUUUUGAACUUUGACAACAGUUCCACAUAAAUUGACUUAUAAAUGCUGUUGUUGCUGUAAUUCUAAAUGUUUUCCUAAAAUAAUUUGAAAAAAAGGGGUGGGGGGAAUAGUGGUCCAUGAAUAAGUAAUUUUGAUUAGAGUGGAGAAAGGGGCAAGAAGAAUGAUCUUUGUCUCACUUCAUAUGCACCACCCCUUCAUUCUCAUUGUCUUUUCUGAGUAGAAGUAUCUGCCCUUAGGAAAAAUCAUGUUGGUUUUUGCUUUUUACAGAUAUAAGGUGGGUGGGUUUAUUUUGACUACAGUAAAGGUUCUCAGAGUAUCACAGCAACCAUUGCCAGAUGCUAUUUCUGUUUUGUUUCAACGUAUUCACUUUCAUUUUAUUACUUGCUAGGCCAUUUCUUCAGUUUACCCAAACAUGUACUGUUUGGGACAGUAAACCAAAUACCUCAUUUGUAAAAAGAAAUCUCCAUGGCAUCAGUGUUAAAUGAGUGAACUUUUAACUGCAUCCUUAAUCUCUAUUUAAAAGAGAGAAAGAAAGAAUGUCAGUACAGGCUCUUUGAUCAUGAACCUUACACAAAAUAAACGAACUGGGAGAGCUUUUUGAGUCUGACUUCUUUUUUCUAAUCUAGUAUUAGUAACUUAGGUCAAAAGUCUAGCUCCCCCAGCCAGAUUUUGCAUGGGAACCAGUGUGAUUGUCCCCAUAGACCCAAGAGGGCUCUUUUGCUUUUUGAAUCCCUGAGCAUUGCAUAGGAUGUCAUGACGGGACCAACGGGGAAGCAUGUAGGAAGCAUGGCAGAGAAUGUUGGGUACAUGAGUCCCUACAGGGAAGAAAGGAAAUGGAGAAGGGGCCAGAAGAGUGAGGCCUCCUUCCCAGCAUCUUGUGAGGGGUUGAAGUGUCUCUUUACCACAGGAAAGGACUAAUCCUUUUUGAGGUAAGACUUCCAAGAAGGGGACCCCCCCACACACUGCCUUACUUCUUAACUGGCAUGGUUAGAGGUUAAAUCCCCAUAAGAAAAAUCUCCUUGGAUCUGAGAAAAGGAUUAGGGAAUCUGAAUUCUUGAAAUUAACUCUCUCUUCUUUUUCACUGAAUAAAGUCUAAACCAGAAUUCAAAUCCAUAUCUUCCAUGUAAUACAGCCUUCAUGUUCAGCUUGAAAAGUUAGAUUUCUCUAACUUUAGGCUAACAUUAAAAAGUGUAUUUUGUUAAUACACAUCCCACAUCGCAGGAUAAUGUGUAGAUUUAUGUUACUUACUUCUUUUGAGAGAGACAGACAAAAUGGUUUUUGAAAGGUGAAAUGGUCUUUUUUAAGCCUAGUAAAGAACCCAAGAAUUGAGACCAGCCAUAAUUUCUUUCAGGAAAGCUUUCUGUCCAUUCCAUAGACAGGUAUAUGGAAAAAUCGUGGUAUUUCUUAAAGUUCUCUUUGUAAAAGUCUCAUGAAAAUUUGAAGGCAUACGCAAAAGUAGAGAAAAUAAUAGGAUAACCCUCCCACAUCCCCAUCCCCUGUACUUAGUAAUUAUAAAACUUAUGCUGUAUUUGCUUCAUCUAUCCUUUUUUUCCUUUUCCACUGUAAUAUUUUAAAGCCAAUCUCAGACAUUAUGUUACUUCAUCUCCACGGUAAUUGGAGCCAUUUUCAAAAGUUUUUGUUAGCAGAAACUGCUGGUAGAAGUCAGGUUGAUUAGAAGAUUCUACAUUAAGUAUCUGUAUCCCUAUGUUAACCUCUUAGAAUAGAGUAUACGUAUGGAGGAAAUGUCUCUGUGCUUGGGCUCUCCUGCAUCUUCGUGACUUCAGUCUCGUUCAGUUAGAGACAUAGGAAUCAAAAGCUACAUAGCUCCUUGAGACCCACGUUUAAUCCCUGUUUAUCCCUAGUUACCUCCCUCAUCUUUGAAAACUUCAGAGACAGAAUUUUCAUUGCCUCUUUUCAGUAAUGUACUUGAAUGUUUUAACACAUGGAAAAAUGACUUGGUAUAUUUUUGUCCGUGUAAUGAUCAAAGUGAAUAUGACAGUGCAUUAUUUACUAAAUUAAAAAGCAAUGUGGAUAUUUGAUUUUCGUUUUCUUUAAAAGACUUGAUAAUUUAGAACUUCCAAAAUCCUACAUUAGGCUUAUGCUGAAUAAUUUUGCCUUCUUAAGUUUCUACUCAUGAAACUGAUACCUUUGGCUUGUUAUUUAGCUUGGCCAGAUGCUCUUCAUUUGAGUGUGUAUGUCCUGGCUCACACGUUGGAAUGAUGAGAUAUGAAUUCAUUUAGAUUACAUUAUAAUUAAUUGUAGACUUUCUCUGUGUCUUUUUUUAAUUUUCUAAUUAAAUUUAUUUUACUUUUUGCUCUGAUGUGGUUAACCUCAGUUUCUUUAAAUUUAGCUUAUUUAUACAUACAACUGAGGACAUUAUAAAAUUUUAAAUGGCUUGUUUAGAGAAACAUUCCCUAAAAAGGUUCUGGAUGAAAAUAUGGUAGGCUGUUACUAGGCCAAAAAGAACAAAGAAAUGUCCUCUGACAUUUGAUACCUGUGGAUAAUCGCCCAGAAUCAGUUUUGUCAUCACAUCCAAAAAAUGUAUUACAGUAAAGAAUAAAUUUACCCACAAAAAGGGACUGUAUUAAAGGUAAAUACUGACUUAUGGUUUGCAGUCUCUAUUUUGACAUUUGUUUCCAUAAGUAAUUGAGUAAACCACCACGUUCAGUGCUUUGGAGGAGUCAAAGAUGUGUAAGAUUUCAUUCAUAUUCUAAAAGAACUUUAAUCUCGUAAAGAACUAUGGAUGUAGUUAACUAUAAUGCAAGAGACCGUUACAGAAAACGAAACCCCUUCCAAUUGGGAUCCUCAGAGAGGGCUGGUAAAGGAAAUGUGGGGUAAAGCAGCAAGAACCCAUUUGUCAGCCUCCUAAGAAUUGUCCAAAAUUUUAGAUUUUUUAUAGUUUCACUGUCA